AUGGCUGCCGGACAACGCGUAGCGUUACACAACGUGCGAAUUCUUCCUCCACUAGACAAGGGAGACAUUCUCGCGGUCGGAAAGAACUAUGCGGAGCACGCAGCAGAGUUCCUUCGAACGGAGUUUGGUAGCUCAGAUAACGUGCACCAGCCGGAAUCCGAUGAUUUUCAGAGGACGAGAUCGAUCAUUGCGACCGGCCCGAACAUUGCAACGAUCCUGAUUUCACGCGAACACUGGAUUAUGAAGGCGAGAUCGGGCGAUACAUACUGCUCAGUGGGUCCUAUUGCCGUCCCAUUGAAGUAUAUGCCAGAGGUUCUUGAGAUCAAAGCAACAGUCAAUGGCCAAGAGAGGCAAAGGGGUCUGUUGCAACCAACAUUCACCAUUCUCUAUUUGAUCAAGACACCGUCAGAAGGCCGGAGGCUCCGUGCGGGAGACGUGCUGGCAACUGGUACUCCUGGGCGGCCACGGUCGGGGAUCGAUGGCAACGGUGGUCGAUUCGAUAUCACGAAAGCUCGAAAUCCCGUUGCCCUCGCCGCCAUUCGGCUGUCGCUGAUGGGCCAGGACCCUGAGGGAUACGCCAAAGCAUGCCUGGCACUGCAGGCGCUCAUGAGCAACCCGCACUCGACAGAAUUGAGCGUCGCACAUUGA